UAAUUUGCGACAUCUCUAUGUGCGCGUUUUGUAGCUGUCAUGAGGCUCAUAAACUGCGUGCUUUUGAUCAAUACAAAAAGUACUGGAACACCAUGAAGACAAAUCCGAAAAUUGUAGGCUCUUUCAAAAAGGGUGCCGGAACCGAUAAAAAGUUCAACAAUAAAGAUAAACCAAAGAACAAUCGAUUCUUCAAAAAGUUUGAUAAACGUGACGGAGCUCCUGGGGGAAAGAAAUGGAGAGCACCAGGUGAAGCUGAGAAUGGCCGUGCUACAGGUGGUCCAGGAAGGGAUGGAAAACCGCAAAUCAAAAAUGGUAAACCAUUCAGAAAAGACAAACUCAGCCAAGUAACGCGACAAGGCAACGGUGUUGACAGUCAUGGCAAUAAACCACGUGGGGAACCCGGUCACUAUCAGAAACGGCAAACUCAACCACAGAUCUGGCAACGGCCUAGCCAGGACAUGCACUCACCGUUUACAACGAAGCCGGAAAAAUAUGACAAACGUGACGGAGCUCCUGGGGGAAAGAAAUGGAGAGCACCUCGUGAAGCAGAUAAUGGCCGUGCCAAAGGUGCUCCAGGUAGGGAUGGAAAACCGCAGUUCAAAAGAGGUAAACCAUUCAAGAAAAACAAACUCAGCCAAGGAAUGCGACAACGCAAUGGUGCCGGCAGUAAUGGCAAUGAACCACGCGGGGAACCCGGUCACAAUCAGAAACCGCAGACUCAACAACAGAACUGGCAACGGCCUAGCCAGGAAUUGGACUCGCUGUUUACAACGAAGCCGGAAAAGGUGGACUAUUGCCGAGCCCCGGAACGGGUUGAAGCGCAAGUUCGUGCCAUCAAACGAUUCGAUAAGCAGGACCAAGAAGUUGAGCAUCAGCGCCAGCAGAAAGAGAAGCAACGCAAACAUAAGAUGAUGACCAUGAAGACUAAGAAGGGGCAACCGGUGAUGCAGGGACGAAUGGAACUGUUGUACGAGAAGGUGCAGAAGAUGGUCGGUCAGGGUUAGAUAACUAGUUCAGAUUCAUUUAACUAGAUAACUAGCUAAGGUUCAUGCAAAACUAAAGUGUGUUUAGCACUUCGUUAUUCUAUGUUUGCAAUAAAUCUAAUACUGUUCAUAUUGAA